AUGGAGGAAGAACGAGAGGAGCUUACUCGCAAAUAUUUCCCGCAAAUUCGCCAUCUGUGCAAUGAGCGGGGAAUUCAUUUUGUGCCCGUUGACAUGAGAUGGGGUAUAACGAAGGAGUCUGCACAAAACGGUCAAGUUUUAAAUAUCUGUCUACGGGAAAUCGAUCGGUCAGAUAUAUUUGUUGGAUUUUUUGGACAGAGGUAUGGUUGGCAUAGUGCCCAUGGUGCAAGUCAUGGCCUUCUUGAGAAGAAUUUUGACAAUGCAGUUAUAAACUACCCGUGGGUUGAGGACUAUUGGGAUCGCAGCAUGACGGAGGUAGAGUUCCAUCACGGUCAUCUGAACAAUCCUGGAGAGAUGCCCACAAUCAUCUGCUUUAGAGCCAAGAAGUUUGACGAUGAUAAAUACAAGCAAUAUAUGGAACUGGGUAAAGAAUCGAUGGCCCUGAAGUAUUUGUCAGAGAGCGUGGAAGCAGCACAACAGAUGGACAGUUUAAAGACAGAAGUCAAAGAGACCAAAGACAAAUGUCUUGCCAUUGAUAUGGAAUAUAAACAUCCACAUGAGUUUGCCGAGUUAAUAUUUGAAACUUUGAGCAAGUAUCUAAAUGAGAUUCUGAAACCGCAGACAGAACUCUCGCCCCGUGCCGAGAUGCUGGUCGAUCACGACAACCUGAUGAUGAGCACUCGUCGGGUGUAUGUCGGGGGAGAUAACUACUUUCAGCAACUUGACGACCACAGGAAACAUGACAAACAUGUCUUUCUUUCUGGUCCUGCUGGAAGUGGGAAGUCUGCGUUGCUUAGUAACUGGGUGGAGCACUUGAAUGAAACAGAAGAGGAGCUUAUUGUUAUCUAUCAUUUCAUUGGCUGUGGAGGAAACAGUAGCAAGCCUUUAAAUAUUUCUCUCCGACUGAGACUAGAGGCACAACAUGCUCUUCAGAUGAUUAAAGAUAAGAAAGAAGUACAGGAGGUCUCGGAGGACAAGAGUGAAGAUGAGAAAAGUGCCGGGAAAACGAGCGACAUUGAUAAGCCUUCAGCAGACAGCGUUCGAGAAAACUUGAACCAGUUCCGAAAGGCCGUGGAGGAGAUCAUGUCGGACCCAGACAGGAAGCUCGUCAUUAUUGUGGACGCAAUUGAGAAAGCGGUGGAUGACUCGGGAAAAGUGACAAAGCCUCUCUACUGGCUGCCAGACAAACUACCUCCGGGUGUUUUCAUAGUGGCAUCCUCACUUGAUACGAAUAAGAUUGCCCAAGAGGAGCUGGUUGACAAGCGACAAUAUCAGACUCUUCAAAUGCAGCCUCUCUCCCAGGACAUGAAACACGAGAUAUGUGUGAAAAUACUACAAAAAAGGGGAAAGGAAUUUUCAACAGAACAGCUGCAGAAAGUGGUUAGUUCAAAACUGACUGCAAAUCCACUGUUUCUUGUUAUAACAAUACACGAACUUUCUGUGUUUGGCUAUUUCCGCAAACUGGAUCAAAAGAUCGAAUCGUUGCUUGCUUGUGAAAGUAUUCAGCAAUUGUUAAACAAGUAUCUUGACCGGAUGGAAGAAGACUACAAUGUGCAGGAAUAUCCCGACAAUCUUGUUAAGACUGUGUUCAGUGCUUUGUUUGUGGCCCAUGUGGGACUGACGGAGAGUGAGCUCCAGGAAGCGUUCCACAUUCCAAAACCAGUGUUUUCUCCCCUCUACUUCGCCAUGGAGAGAUUCAUUGUCAGUCACACGGGCCCAAUCUGGUUUGCUUUCUCCGAAUUGAGGGAUGCCAUCGAAGAAAGAUACCUCCAGACAGAAGAAGACAGAUUGGUUAUAACAAGAAAACUCAUCAAUUUCUUUGAGGAAAAGAGAAAGGGUUUUAGCAUAACCAUGGACUAUCUGAACACAUCCACUAUCCGACCAGCCUAUGAGUUACCAUGGUUACAGAAAUCAAUAGAUGACAAAGAAGGCUUGGCAAGGACCCUAACUGAUCUCUUCAUCUUUUCAAGAUUGUACCAAGAGAGGGAUUAUGAAUUGUUGGAUUUGUGGAAAAGUACUGGCUACAGCUUCAUACAAUAUGGAGAGAUGUUUGAGAAAGAGUUUGACACGAGGCUGGUGGAGUAUUACAUGCUGUACAACGAUGGAGCCGCUUCGUCAAACAAACCUCCCGGAGUGGCGAUGCUGAUAUUUUUGGAGCAAAUGCAGGACUUUUUCGAGUUGGCAGUGUGUAAGCUGGCCAGCAUGCAGAUGUCCAAUAGAAUUAUUGGAAUUUUGAAUAAUGUGGAGAAUGUAGACAACUAUGAAGAGCAGUCCCGACAGAAGAAACUAGCCAAUCACAAAUACCAGCUGGCCUGUAGUUACUGCGACACAGAGCGAUACGCAGAUGGAAAGAAACUACAUUAUGAGACUUUAGAGUACUACAAAAACUUUAUCAUGUUCUGUGUUACAGAUCAUGUUCGACUUUUGUGUCAAGUUACCUAUUUUUCACAGAGUUACGGCCACUGA